CUCAACCAAAAAUUUUAACCUUCUUUCAUUUCUCCCCGUAAACUUAGCAUACGAAAAUGAAGAUAUCAUCAAUUGGAUGCUUAUUUUUCUUUAUCUUCGUCUCGAUUACCAGUGUUUCGACUCAACCAGGUCAUGGAGAAGUUGAGGACGAAACAGAAUUUAGCUAUGAGAAGAACGGAGAGAAGGGGCCAGAGAAUUGGGGAACACUAAAGCCAGAAUGGGAAAUGUGUGGAAACGGCAAAAUGCAGUCUCCGAUUGAUCUUACGGCCAAAAGAGUCUUAAUUGAUCAUAAUCUUGGAUCUCUUCGUAGCCACUACUUACCUUACAAUGCCACCAUCAAGAACCGAGGCCAUGAUAUCAUGUUGAAAUUUGAAGGAGGAAAUGCAGGUUUAGGUAUAGUGAUUAAUGGUACUGCAUAUCAACUUCAACAGAUUCAUUGGCACACCCCUUCCGAACACACGAUUGGUGGCAGAAGGUUUGUUCUCGAGGAACAUGUGGUUCAUGAGAGCAAAGAUGGACGCAUCGCUGUUGUGGCUUUCCUUUACAAAUUAGGAAGACCUGACUCUUUUCUCCUUUCGUUGGAAAGUCAAUUGAAGAGGAUAACUGAUACACAUGAGUCCGAGGAAUAUAUCAGAAUGGUUGAUCCAAUAAGAGUCAAUUUUGAAUCAAGACUCUACUAUAGAUAUUUAGGAUCACUUACAACUCCUCCGUGUUCUGAAAAUGUUAUCUGGUCUAUUUCCAAAGAGAUGAGGACUGUGACAAUAAAACAAUUGGAGUUGCUUCGCGUGGCUGUACACGAUCAAUCAAAUACAAAUGCUAGACCGCUUCAGCGUAUAAACGAGCGUCUGGUGAAACUUUACACACCAACAUGGCAUGUUUAACCAUCUAAAGCGUUGCUAACUAAAAUAGAGUUACUAUUUAAGUUUGAAUAUAGUUAUUUUUCAUGUUUUAUCUUUAGUUUAUCUUUUGAAAACUAAAGGCGAACACUAAUAAAUAUUUGUUAUCAAUCAAUUUUAAAU